GCCAUUUCACCUCAAACGCUCUUCAAGCAGCAAAAACCCGCCGCAGCGGAACAAAACCUCCCGAAACACCGGACAGGUGAUUGUGUGUCAGAAUGGCCCGUACGAAGCAGACCGCCCGUAAAUCCACCGGAGGAAAAGCUCCUCGUAAGCAGCUGGCGACUAAAGCGGCUCGUAAGAGUGCGCCCUCUACUGGAGGAGUCAAGAAGCCCCAUCGCUACAGGCCCGGGACCGUGGCUCUGCGUGAGAUCCGCCGCUACCAGAAGUCCACCGAGCUGCUGAUCCGCAAGCUUCCCUUCCAGCGUCUGGUGCGUGAGAUCGCUCAGGACUUCAAGACCGACCUGCGCUUCCAGAGCGCCGCCAUCGGAGCGCUGCAGGAGGCCAGCGAGGCGUAUCUGGUGGGUCUGUUUGAGGACACUAACCUGUGUGCCAUCCACGCCAAGCGCGUCACCAUCAUGCCCAAAGACAUCCAGCUGGCGCGCCGCAUCCGCGGAGAACGCGCCUGAGCUCCUCUGUCUGUGUGUGUGUGUGUGUGUUGGUUGGUUGUGUACUCUCAGACGAGCUCUUGUGUCACGUCGUCGUGUGAUUUAAAGCACAAGAGUUCAAGCCCUCAGGGUGAUUAAUUAAGGACUCCAGGCACUAAUCGACACGUCGACUGAUUUCGGGUGCUAAACUCCUCUCUGGAAGAGCCAGAAUCAUCAUGAAACACUUUUGUUUUUUUUUCUUGAAAUAUGUUUUGUAUGUGUAUUGUUUGAGUGCUUUAUAAUGAUUUUCUUUAUUUUCCUGAGAUAUGAUUUCAGUGAUGCAUUCUGGGAUUGGCGGGGGGUCGUUCUGUUGAAUCUGGUGUUUUUGAUGAGCAUAUGUAGCAACAGACUGUAUUUUAUAUAUUCAUGAGUUGUUUAGGUAGA